AGUGUUAGAGGAGAAAUAACUAAAUAAUAGAAGAAAUACCUUCGUGGAAUGUCUAGAUAGUUUAAUUUUUUAAUCUUUAUUGUUAUUUUACUCACAAUGUUGGUAGCCAUCUCUUCGUUGUCAGAAAUCAAGAGUGAUGAGUUUACAGCAGCCGAUUAAAGCUACAACUAAGCGUAAAACUGUAGAAGAUGAUGAGGAUAAUGAAAUUGUUAACGUAGAUUUUGACUUUUUCAACAUUGAUGAGAUAGAUUAUCACGCUGUUAAGCAUCUUUUGGUUCAAUUAUUUCACUCUGAUAGUCAAGAUUUAGAAUUACACACUUUAACCGAUUUAAUUCUCUCACAAUCUGGAGUUGGUACAACAAUAAAAGUUGACGGCAAGGAGUCAGACCCUUAUGCGUUCUUAACAGCUGUUAACUUAAACUCUAACAACUCAAUUGGUUGCGUAUCCAACUUGUCAAACUAUCUUCUCAAUAGAGCGAAAUCAGCUAGCAACCAAUCACUUUACAACACCCUUAAUCAGUUACUCAGUGGUGAAAGUAGCAGCCAAGUUGGUUUGCUCCUUGGUGAGAGAUUAGUCAAUAUGCCAGUUGUUUUGAUGCCGCAUAUGUUGAGAUUCUUGUUAGAAGAACUAGAAUCUGCUAGCAAAUCUGGCCAAGCAUACAACUUCACUCAUUAUCUGAUCCCCGCUCGAACCUACAUUGAGUCUGAUAAUGACGUAGAGAUGGAUGAUCAAGGUCCAACAAAGAAGCAACGCGGCGGAAACAACUCAAAGUUGCAAACAUUUCAUCCAGAGGAUGAUAUCACACAAGAUUUCACUGAAUUGGUCGCUGACUAUCAGUAUAAAAAUGUUGUUACGAGAGAGCAGGACGCUUUUGGUGCAGACAUUCGUGGACGUUUGAUUCUCAUCGAAGCUGAAAAACUAAAGAACCUAGUGUUACCUAAAAUGAUUGAAAACACUUCAGCUGCAGCUGGAAUAUAAUUUAUUACCUUUUCU